CGGCAGCCGGCCGCCGCCUCCGCCUCCGCCUCCGCCACGUGCUCCACGUGCGCGCUCCGAGGCGCCGUCGAGAGGGGGAGCCCAUGGGGGGCCAGCUCCUGCGGCCGCGGCCGGCGCUCGCCCCGCGCCUCCACGUCGGCACCACCGCCGCCUCCUCGUCGCCGCAGCCGCACGCGGUGGCGGGCGGUGGCCGCGGCGUGGAGUGCCGGCCGCAUCGCGGGCUAUCGGCGGCGUUCCGCCGCCCGGGUCCGCAGGUUGUGGCCGCGGCGUGGCGGCGGAGGGAUACGGUGGUGAGAUCGGACUUAGCCGCUGGUGGCGCGGCUGCCGCGCGGGAUUCGCCGCACGCGCUGUCAGACCAUGAUUUGUUUUCAAGGGUCAGAGGGGUUUGCUUCUACGCAGUGACUGCAGUAGCAGCAAUCUUUUUGUUUGUAGCCAUGGUUGUGGUUCAUCCACUUGUGCUCUUAUUUGACCGAUACCGGAGGAGAGCUCAGCACUACAUUGCAAAGAUUUGGGCAACUCUGACAAUUUCCAUGUUCUACAAGCUUGAAGUUGAGGGAAUUGAGAAUCUGCCACCAAAUAGUAGCCCUGCUGUCUAUGUUGCGAACCAUCAGAGUUUCUUGGAUAUCUAUACCCUUCUAACUCUAGGAAGGUGUUUCAAGUUUAUAAGCAAGACAAGUAUAUUUAUGUUCCCAAUUAUUGGAUGGGCAAUGUAUCUCUUAGGCGUAAUUCCUUUGCGGCGUAUGGACAGCAGGAGCCAACUGGACUGUCUUAAACGGUGCGUUUAUUUGGUGAAAAAAGGAGCAUCUGUAUUUUUCUUUCCGGAGGGGACUAGAAGCAAAGAUGGAAAGCUUGGUGUAUUUAAGAGGGGUGCAUUCAGUGUUGCUACAAAGACUGGUGCUCCUGUGAUACCUAUUACUCUUCUCGGGACAGGGAAACUGAUGCCUUCUGGAAUGGAAGGCAUCCUUAAUUCAGGUUCAGUAAAGGUCAUUAUUCACCAUCCAAUUGAAGGGAAUGAUGCUGAGAAAUUAUGUUCUGAAGCGAGGAAGGUGAUAGCUGACAGUCUUAUUCUAAACGGAUAUGGAGUGCAUUAAAGAAUGAUGGUGUUUUUUUAAAAAUUUAUAUGGAACCUAUGACAAGGAACAGACAGGUUCCCAAGGCAAAGCUUAUUACAG